AAAACGUUUCGCUUAAGUAUAUGUUAUGCAGAAAUUUAUUUAGAUCGAUGAUUCAUUGAUAGUCAAAACUGACACUUAACAUCAUGGAUUUUAAAUAUCUAUACAGAGUCUAUAUGUAACAUGUUUUUUUUAAAUUAAAUUGACAUCUACGCAUUGGUGUUAAACUAUACUCAGUAUUCUACGUAUAUAUAUCUACUUUGCAUAGGAGGAAAAACCGGAAGUGGAUUUCACAACAAGUAGUCAUGGACAGUGAUGUAGAGUUCAGUUUCGCAGAAUGGGAUGAUCUGUCGGAAACUCCGCUGAUGCACCUAUCGUAUUUUAUGCAGACACUACUACCCAUUCGUUUGAUAGGGUGGAAGAACGUGAAACGUCAUUAUGAAAGCAUUAUCUCCAGCAAUCCGUCAUCCUCGGAGGAUACCUACAUUGUAACUGGAAGCAAUGCUGAAGGCUAUGCUCUACCAUAUUCUUUGAUAAGAACUACACCGCCCAUUAUUGAAAAACCAUCUGAUGUCGAUAUGCUCUGGGUACCUGGUAGUAUCAAAAUAUCUACUACGAAGCUCCCUGAGCCGAACGAUACAGCAUUCAAAGGGUAUCUUGAAUAUGAUGGCACUCAAACAGGUUAUGCCCGGGUAUGUUUGCCAACAGUAAAGCAGAAAGACGAGUCAUUUAUAUUCGAUGAAGAAGAGGACAAGUACUACUUGAGUAGCACAAUUAUGAUGGGAAAGGUACAGUCAAUAAUACCUUUGUUUGCUUUACCGGAAAGCGAAAAGGCAUGGGUUCAAGGUCCUGCAUUUACUAUAGAGGACAGCCAAGAUGUAACACGAGAAAGAAUGUAUGAUCCAAAUAUUGGGGCUUCGAGGGAUUUCGUCUUCGCAUUAGCAUGCUCGCCUUGGCCUGAUAUAGCCUCAAGCUGGAAAUGCAGAGCUAGUAAAUCUAAGUGGUUAGAGCCUCAGUUGGUAGAUUCCAUAAUUGAAGAUGGAUGUCAUGUCGUUGCAGUACCUUCGAAGAAAACGUUGACGCCUGAACGUGAAUGGAGAAUAUCGUUUUCUGCUUCUGAAGGAAGGUUAGCACGAGAAGCAGUUACUGACCAUCAAAGACAGUGUUACAUAUACCUGAAAAUACUGCGGAAACAGGUAAUGGGAAAUGAGCCAGUAUUGUCGUCAUAUGUAUUCAAGUCUGUCUUUCUCUAUUGUUGUGAAAAAUUACCCGUGGAAUACUGGAGGGAUUAUCCCGGCAACUGCGUACUCUACAUGCUAGAUGUUCUGUUGGAAUGUCUAGGUAGAAAACACGUGCCUACUUUCUUUUUGCCAGAAAACAAUCUAAUUGGUCAUCUUAGUGAAUCGGAGAUAGAUGUAGCCAUAGGUACAGUUGUUACCCUUAGAUGUGAUCCUAUUACACCGAUAUUAGAUUACACAGAUUCCAGAGUCAUAGGAUAUCAAAGUGUCAUUGCCACUUUUAGAGAGGUGAUGAAACCUUUGUUGGAUGAUAUGAAAUUGUUCAAACAGCACAGAGACAAAAACAUCUCAAUCAUGAACGGAAUAAUCGCGACUGGCUACAAUAUUUGUCAUUAUCUUCUCCACGAACAACCUAGUCAAGAAGAAGCUAGGAUCGCGAAACAUCAAGAGGCGAUCAUGUGUCUUAUUGAUAUAUACACGCUAUGGCUCAAUCCUAUGGGACUGAAUGCAACAUUAAUGCAGUUCAUUAACUCUGCUGGUUUGGCAAUCAAGGACCUUGAAAUAACCUGUCGAUUCUUUGAGGCAGUUAUCAGUCUGUCAGCAGAGUAUCCCGAAUUCUCGUCUGUGCGCGGUAACCUUGCUUGUAUGUAUCAUUCAUCAGCUUAUUCCUACCCUGACGGUUCUGAUCAGAGGACUGAGUAUUUAAGCAAAGCUGGGAAACUGUUCAAGCAGGUGUAUGAGGAGACCAAGUGUAGCGCCAUCGAUUAUGUUACUUAUCUUGUCAAGCAGAAAAGAUAUGAGGCUGCCAUACAUGUUCUUGAAGAAUUUACAGGAAACUUAGACCAACACACAUCGACUGGAAUUGCGUAUAGUGGAAAAGAACAAGAAACGCUUGACGAACCUUUGAGAAAUCAUGUGCAAGUCAACGGGAAAAUAGAAGCAGAUGACGUUUCAUUUGCUUAUUUUUAUAUUGUUAAAUGUCACGGAGUCCUUACAAAGUGUGACCGACAUUCGUCAAACGUCGAAAUAGCACUCCAGAAAUUUGAAAAACAUUGCGAGAAAGUGAAAACAGGCCAGGCUCUGGUCUUACUUGAAUAUGCAAAAUCUCUGUCAGAGGCUGAAGUAAAGCCACCUGAAGAAUCAAAUUAGACAUCGCUUUAUUGAAAUGUUACUGUACACAUACGUUUAACAAUGGACAUUAUGUACCCUUAGAUAUUUUCAAUUUCACUGACUUAAAUGAUUCCAGUUAUACUCGUAUGUUUAGUUCAGCUGUGAACAAUAUAAGGCGUGCAAGGAAACAGUUAUCAUAUAAUAUUUUUCAAGAACUGGAAUGGUAAAGAAAUUUAGAGCACAAAUGUCUGAAGCCUAGACAAAUGCUUUUCAAGUUUUAUUACCUACGUUCAUAUAUUCAUUCUUAUAUCAAAAGAAAUAAAAUCCAGUUCUAGUA